AUGGUCAACAUCAACGAAAUAGACCAACAAUUUCCACCGCCCAAGCCGCCGCAGUUCGGUAAGCCAUCAAUCGUGAGACAGGGGGUUUUGCUCUUGAUUCUGUAUUUGAGCCUCGGUGUACUUAUAUACUCGUUCAGUAAGGAAAAUUUUAGGGGAAACGAAACCCACCCUGUUGUUGAUGCUCUGUAUUUCUGCAUAGUCACUAUGCACAAUUGGGAGAAUUAUUUGUUGAGGACUAUAAAGGGUUCUUACAUAAUCGACGCGAAAAAGGGAAGGAUGAGGAUACGGAUGAAAGUCGGAUUAGCUUUAGGUGUUGUGGUUCUGUGUAUAGGAAUUGGUGUUAUGUUUAUGCAUUAUGUCGAGAGGCUAGGUUGGUUAGACUCGUUAUACUUGUCGGUUAUGUCCGUGACCACAGUUGGAUAUGGUGACAGGGUUUUUAACUCAUUGGCUGGUCGAGUUUUUGCAGCCGUUUGGCUUCUUGUUUCGACUCUUGCUGUUGCUAGAGCUUUUCUUUACUUGGCCGAGGCUCGAGUUGAUAAAAGGCAUAGAAUGAUGGCUAAGUGGGUGCUCAGCCAAGAUAUGACGGUCGAGCAGUUUCUUGCAGCUGAUACUGAGAACAAUGGGUUUGUGAGUAAAUCGGAGUAUGUAAUCUACAUGCUCAAGGAGAUGGGCAAGGUUUCAGAGAGAGAAAUCUUUCAAAUUUGUAAACAGUUUGAAAGAUUGGAAUCUAGAAAUUGCGGGAAAAUCUAUCUAGCCGAUCUCAUGGAAGGUCAUCAUCGAUGA